AUGCGAGCACUAGCAGUUGGGUCCUUGCUUGGACUGCUACACCUAGCCAGGGCAACACUCGGCGUCUCCAACAAAGACGCAGCCUUGGAUUCAUCGCCGCCACCACCACCAUCACCACCCAUACUCCCCAACAAAGACGCUGCGCGCCACAACGCCCACCGGAUAUUCAAGACGCUGCACUCUGCCGGCCGCCAAUGGGGCUCCUCGACGGACCACAACGGCAUGUCUUUCUUUCGCGCUACCGUGCCGGAGGGUAGCUAUUUGUUCCACGGGGCCUGGAGCUCAGAAAGACCAAAUGGCUACGAAUGGCUUGCCUUUGAGAUUGAGCACGCGCAGAACUUUGCCAUGGCGUGGGAUCCGGAGCAUGGUCCUCCUGGUCCUCCUGGUUCUCCUGGGGGUCCUGGUUCUCCUGGUGGUCCUGGUUCUCCUGGUGGUCCUGGCUCUCCUGGUGAUCCUGGCCGACCUGGCCCUCCUGGACCCCCUGAUCAUAUGACCGCGGAGGAGGCCUGGGCCGGCUUGCACGGCUGGAAGCGGGAACAUUGGGCCCACGGCACAAAGUCCCUAUUGUUUGAUCAAGAUGCUCAGCACCCCAUGUCCACAUCAGAAGAUGGAAAACCGGCCCAGCCGUCGCGUGGCUACCUGCAGACGUACCGGGCGGUGCGUCCACUCAACCUGCUGUACGUCGACGGCAUGGGUGCCGGGAAGUCGAGAUACGGAACCCUGGACACGCAGGACUAUGUCCUCCGAGGAAAGACGCCCGGGGAGUUCGAAAAGUCCCCGAGCGGAGGCAUGGGAGGAGAGGGCGAACGGGCUUCGGAGCUGUGCGAAAUGGCUGACGAGUGGUCUCGGCAAGGCGGCGAGCGCAUAGAUGGCAUCAUACGCAUGGAGGUGGGCUUCGAGGUGAUAUACUGCCACUUUGAAGAGGGUGGCGGGCUGGAUCUGGUCAAUAAUGAUGGCACGCCGUUGAAGAAUGAGACGGGCUGGGUGGAUUUCGCAACCCGCCAGUUUGAGUGGGUUCGGUCUGCCUCGUUGAGAUAUGACGGCUUCCCAAAGAGCAGGCUGGAGAUCGACUGGUCGAGUAUAGUGUCGGCUUACUUUUACCAGAUAAACCUCACGAAUCCGGAUUUGCGGAUGAGCGAAAUGCCUCGAGUGGUAAACACUACAAAGGAAGAAAGAGCAGCGAUCAAGUCCAAGGUGCAAGAAAAGAUGACCGCCCAACGACAAACUGACAACGAUAUCGAGUGGCAAGGUAUCGUGGACUUGGUGUUGACGCGAUAUUCAAAUCGACUUGCAUACUUGUGGGGCGAGGAUAUCACAGUAGAGGACAUGCGGCAAGAAGUCAACUUCUUGCUGUAUUCCUACAUCAACUCUGACGAUCCAGACCAAAAGCCCUCUCUUGAAAGAUGCCGAUCCAAGCAUCUCGAGACAGCGUUGCUUAAGAGGUCAAAAUGGACACAAGAAGAUGAACUCAUAUUCACAGCUGUUGAAACUGUGUCUGAAGACAUCUGCUCGACUCUGAUAGACAUGUGGGAGAUUCUCGCCCAAAAGGAUGCUUCGCUCGCAAAGCCACAGCGAUUGUUACAAGACUUGAAGUCGAGGCUCGCUUGGAGUACUUGGAAACGAUGCAGCGCUUGCGCAUCGCCAGGGGAUGUCUGCUUCGUUGCCAUGUUUCCUGUUGGGACUGUCGAGGAUCACUACAACCCAAGGUGUAAGAACAAGACAGAAAUUACCGGAGGUCAAAGAAGGGGUGGUAAUUCCGCAAAAACUUCAAAGAUGCUGCUCGGCAACGUCGGCAACGUCGUCACUACGGUUAUUGGUCUGUUGGCCACAACCGGAGUAGCCCAGACCGCUUGUGGUGAUGGCGUCCUCAGUGGCCGCGAGGAGUGUGACAUGGGAGCACAGAAUGGUCAACCAGGGGUCGUAUGCAACGCAGAUUGUCAAUGUGUCCGCGGCCUUUACGAUGUCGAACGCGGGAACCAAUACUGUCGACCUCUGGUCGAUGUGACCUUUAGGAAAGCCGAUGUCCUUAUCGUUACCGAUACUCCCCCUGGCGAGGCCACCGAGGCGCUCGGAGAGGUCAAGGCUGCGAGAGCGUGGAAUUAUACGAUAAACUUCAUCAACACAACGAACUUCAUACCCAUGCUUCCCCAAGAGAUUCAGGUACAUAGGGCCGUUCUUAUUGUUACUGUCCCUGGUACCGCCCCCGCUGGUCAAACACAAGGCAUGUAUGGAUGGAGGCCACACAACAUCAACCGCUUUUGGUAUCUAUACCUGUCUCAACGGCGAUGGCAACCAGCAAUAACAGGCAACGUACUAAUGUUUGCCCAUCGACCUACCACCGAGAACACUACGCGUGCCCUGAACUUUGUUAGCAAGACCAUGAGAUUUGCCGUCGAGGGCACGGGUACAGGCCUCUGGCUCCAGACACCGACUGAAAUAAGAACUGGCACAACCGAAGAAACCAACUGGCUCGACGUCGACUUUCUCCAACAAUGGGGCAACUUUAGUAUGCGUUUCACCAGCUCGUACUUCCCAAGCCCGGCAGUGUACAAGCACAACUACCGCCUGAUCGGGAGGCACCGUCUGCUUGGGGACUUGAGCUCCAAUGACUACUCCAACGUUCGAGGCGUGUUUGGAAACUAUCCUUCGACGUUCAAACCUAUCUCCCUUAGCGACAACUUUCCUCAGCCCGUGCAAACCUCACCCGCACCAAUUACUUGGAGACAAUAUAAAGGGUUUCCCACGGUCAUUGCUCGGACCGCCGAAGAGAUCCCCGAAACCUGCCCCAAUGGAUCGAUAGAUCGUCCUGCAGAGGAGUGUGAAGGAUCCGGCGGCGGCUGCAACCCUGAAUCGUGCUACUGCAGCAACGGCUACAACUCGACGAGCCAGUCCUGCAUAGGGGCGCCCAAGUGCGGAGAUUCAGUGCUCGACCGCGCCAUUGGCAAAGAGCAGUGCGACGAUGGACCCAGGAACGGAAGCCCUACCAGCAGCUGCAACAGCCAGUGCAAAUGUGCAUAUGGCGAGGCCUACAACCCCCAAACCGAGGCUUACUACUGUUGCCCGGCCGGUCAGUACUCGGACGGAAAGUGGGACGCGACGUACGGCGGUAUUCCCUGCAAGCCAGCGUGCGGUAAUGGACUCGUCGACAGGCCAGCCGAGGAGUGCGACGAUCCCACCGACCCUAAGUGUAACGCGGCAACCUGCAAGUGCAGAUGGGGAACAACGGUCGACGCCACCACUCAGCAGACAGUCUGUCUGCCUGAGCCCUUCUGCGGAGACUCGAGGGUGACGUAUGAGAUCGGCGAGCAGUGCGAGGGCUCCCAGAACGGAGACUGCGUGAACUGCAGGUGCCUGUACGGAAGGCAGACCAACUCCACCGGAGGGUACACCGGCAUCUGUCUCCCGCGCUGCGGCAACCGAGUGCUCGACGCCGGGGAGGAGUGCGACAACCCAACCGACCCCCUCUGCGACGCGGCCUCGUGCAAGUGCUUCUACGGCAUUAACCCAACCACCCGACAAUGCUACCCGGCCCCGUUUUGCGGAGACUCGAGGGUGACCUACAGCGCCGGCGAGCAGUGCGAGGGCUCCCAGGGCGGGACCUGCGUCAACUGCCAGUGUCUUUACGGAAGGGAGACCAACUCGACCGGCGGUUACACGGGCAACUGCCUCCCGCGCUGCGGGAACUCCAAGAUCGACAGCGGCGAGCAGUGCGACGACCCCAACAACAACCUCUGCAACCAGGCAACCUGCCAGUGCAUCCACGGGCUCAACACCGUCACCAACCAGUGCUUCGACGUGCCGGCCUGCGGCGAUGGCAGGUUCAGCCCGGCGGCUGGGGAGCAGUGCGAGGGCUCGCAGGACGGCAAGUGCGUCGACUGCAAGUGUCUCUGGGGUUUCGUCCCGGACGCGCAGGGGAACAGCACAGGCACUUGCUAUCCCAAGUGUGGUAAUCAGGUCGUCAACGACGGGGAGGAGUGCGACGAUCCUGCGAACCCCAACUGCGACAACACCACCUGUCUCUGCAGUUAUGGGCUCGACGAGUCCACCAUGCAGUGUUUCGAAGAGCCGAAGUGCGGCGAUGGCAGGUUGAGUCCCGAGGUCGGGGAGGAGUGCGAAGGCUCAAUGGGCGGAUUGUGCGACGAAGGGACUUGUCGCUGUCGCUGGGGCGCUGUUUUGGACGGCCAGGGCCGGGCUACGGGGGAUUGUCUUCCAGAGCCCGUCACGACGCCGUCGUCUUCGUCUGUGCCGCCUACCUCGACCGAGGUUUCGACUACUGCUGAGAUGCCGGAGAGCUCUUCUGCAGCUGCUAGUGCUGAGCCAUCAACGACUGCUAUGGAGAGUACUGCAUCGGAGGACCCUGGUGCUUCUACCAUCGAGGCAACUAGCACUUCGUACGAGGAGAGCGUGGACCCGGAUUUUGCGACUGCCUCCAUUGUGGACCCUUCGCAGCCCGAAGCUUCUGCUACUGCAACUGGGGAGCCAGCAUCACCAGGGCCAUCGGCCACCGCGACCGAAGAACCUGUGAUUUCAGAAUUGCCGACUGCCUCGAUUGAGAACUCCUCGUCGGCAAGCUCGGCUGAUGGAGAGUCAGGAAGCACUGCCGAGACUGCAGCUACAAUAACGUCAGGCCCUGAGAGUACCGCUGUACCGCCGCCUACUGACGAGACUACCGCUUCUCCAGGUACCCAGGGGGGCUCGGCCACUCAGGCGCCUGAGGUCGGCGGCUCAUCAACAGCCUCUCCAUCCGCUGAGGAUGAGGGAAGUACCAUGGGAGAGACUGCAUCUGCUUCGGCUACUGGCGUUGGUGGUCCAGAAGAAGACACAGGCGGCAGCGAAACCCCUGCCGCCACGGCCCCGGCGUCUCAAUCAGAAGACUCAGCCGAGACGACGGCAGCUUCCCCUACUGCAACUGUGGAAGACGAGUCCGCGGCUGCUACACCCGCAUCCCCUGCGCCUACGACUACUGUAGCAGAGUCUACAGCUGCAGAGACGACAGCCGUCGAGACAGGCCUCCCGGCAGACAUUACGACUUCGCCGUCAACGGCCCAGGAAACAGCCGGUGGGUCUGCCUCGCCCGCGUCAUCUGUUUCAGGGGAUGCUCCUGCAGAAACAGCAUCUUCCGCAGCUCUGAGCGGGUCUGAAGAUGGUGAGCAGGCGACAACUGCAUCUUCAACCACGGAGGAUGCCGGUGGCGCUUCUGGCGAUGGGCCAACAUCGGUCUCGGGGGAUAGCGUGGCCCCGACGGACGAAAUAACCACACUAACACCGUCGGCCAGUGCCAGCGGGCCUACAAGCGAUGAGCAGGUCGCAGCUCCGGUAACCACAGCUGUCUCGACAGAUGGAGCUGAGGAAACAUAUGCGCCAUCGCCGUCGGCAACCCCUAGCGGCUCUGCGGAGGAUGUUUCAACACCAGCUUCUGAAGCCAGUCCCACUCCGAGCGGGGAAGUAACAGGCGCAACUACAGCAGCACCCUCUACGAGUACCAGUGAGGCUGCGAGCGAAGAAGUGAUAUCAGCCUCGAUGGCCGAUACUGCUUCAGGAGACGGGGCUCAAGAAACAUCCUCGGCAGACGGUAGUGGUGCCACAGACGUUGGGCAAACAUCAGUUACAGAGGGUACGCCCGCCCCGAGUGAAGAAGCGCAAGCUACAGCCCCAGCAGUAUCCUCAGCCACUACCAGUGAGGCUGCGGGCGACGAGGAGACCACCCCCUCGGCAUCCGCAACCGCCUCUGCUGAAGAAGGUCAGGAGACGCCUGCCCCUUCGGCUGAUGCUAGCAGUGCCACAGAAGACGGGCAGGCCUCGGCUUCAGCUUCGGUGACGGUAACUGGCCCUACGGAACAGACACCGACAACGUCUGCUGAGGCAGGUUCGACGCCAGCUUCUCAAACUCCUAGCCAGACGGUGGGCGAUGGACAGCCUUCCGCAUCGCCUACCAGUGGUGGUUCGACCGAUGAUGAGCAGGUUGCACCUUCAACGGCAACGCCAGAAGCUCCAAGUCAGACUCCAAAUGGUGACAUCUCUGGUGAGUCUACUGCUGGCGAGUCUACGGAUGACGGGCAAGUGACGCCUCCAGUGACAACCCUGGAUACUUCGACUGGAACUGCAAGCGAUGUCGUUUCCCCCUCGCCCACUGCGAACGAUUCCGCAGACGGUGAGACGGGUGCGGCGUCAGCUACGUCCUCAGAUACUGCAGGUUCACCUUUGAGUGGGAACGGUUCUGCUUCGCCGACUGCGAGCGAGUCGACAGCCGGUGAACAGGCAACGGAAUCUGCCACCACCUCCGAGGCUGAUAUCCAGCCCACGAGUGCGGAGGCUUCGGGCUCGGCAACUAUUACCGGCUCGGAUACUGCAAGCGCAACUGCUGGUGGCGAUCCUUUUGCUCCAACCGCGAGCCAGUCGAUAGACGAUGAACCGGCAACACCAUCGGCUGCCACCUCAGAGGCUAAUAUCGAGCCCACAACUGCAGAGAUUUCAGCCUCGCUAACUGUUACUGGCUCAACAAGUGAUGAGGAGCCAACACCCUCUGCGAGCCCAUCAGAGACAGGUACGGCGAGCGCUGGCUUAACUACUGCAGAUGAGCAGACUCUUCCCUCGCCAACUCCUUCAUCAACUGCCAGCGAGAGUAUGAACGACGAAGAUGCUUCGGCUUCCGCAACCGCUACCAGCUCGGCAAGCGAUGAACAACCAGCACCAUCAGGAACUGCCAGUGCAAGCACACCGGAUGGAGAGUCGCCAUCUCCAACUCCCACUUCGGUCACCUCUACUGGAUUCAUGGAUGAUGGACAAGAAUCACCCCCGCCAACUCCUUCACCAACUCUCAGCGAGACUGAAAACGGCGAUGAAGCAUCUGGUUCGCCAACUGCCACCAGCCCGGCGAGCGAUGACCAAGCAACACUAUCAGCGACUGCUAGCGGAAGCACAGCUGACGACGGGUUGCCAUCUCCAACCCCAGUUUCCGAGGCUAGCGGGACUACAAGCGGCGAUGGGGCUUCCGCUUCAGCCACUCCCACUGUCACGUCAGGUGACGGGCAAGAAUCACCCUUGCCAACUUCUUCUGCCGUUGUCAGCGGGUCUGAAAGUGACACCACUGUCACUUCAGCUGCCUCGGCGGACGAUGAGCAAGGAACGGCGUCAGCGACUGCUUCUGUCAGUGCAAGCGAGACUACAAACGAUGACACUUCAGCAACUACAGCUAUGUCAACAGAGGAGGUGCAGCCAGCUCCCUCAGCAGGCGUCACUGAGACCAAUGGUGCUGAACAUGAAUUUCCUUCGCCAACUCCUAGUGUAUCUUCAGAGGUUGAUCAAAGUCCAGGUUCGGUGACCGCCAGUGAGGAGACGCCAUCUCCCACGACCGAUGCCAGUGGUAGUCCUGGCCCCUCUUCCGAGGCUAUUACUGACAGCACAUCUACUCCUACAAACUCACCCGAGUCUGGUGGUUACUCUUCUUCAGAGGCUGUCAGCGAGGGUACACCAGCUCCUACGAGCUCGCCCGAAAUUGUUGAAAGCGCCUCGGGAACCUCCAGCGAGGGUACGCCGACUGCUACGACCUCGGCUGAGCCUGAUUCCAGCUCCUCCGCAGAGGGUGGCAGCGAGGUCACCCCAGCUCCUACAACUUCUUUGGAAGAUAGCAGUUCAGAUACUCCGGCGGCAAGUGCGUCGGCGUCUCCAAGCGACGAAAUUUCACCAAGUGCGGAUCCCUCUGAAACAGGGCUGCCUUCGGGGACUUUGACCACUGAUACUGUGCCAGCCACAAUAACUACAAACGAGCCUUCGGGCGACGGAGAAAGUACACAGUCUCCUUCCACCGCAGAGCCGGUGCUAAGCACAGGAAUCCGGCCCAGCGGCAGUGGAACUGACAGCCCCUCUUCUGUGGAGGCAACGACAUCCGGCACAGCAGAUCUCUCGACUGAGCCCACGACAGGUUCUGCUACAGAAACUAGUCCUGGAGCUUCACCAACGAGUGAAGGGGCGACUGGUGGAGUCCCAGCAGAGUCAGCCACAGAAGCCGCGAGCUCAGGUCCUCAGGAGACUGUUGGUACCAGCACAGAGGUUUCGCAGACAGCGACUGCGAGCCCAUGGUUUAGUGAGACUGCCACCUCUGAUGGUAACAAUCCUGAAGCAUCAGCCAGCGAAAGUACCGGUAGCAUUACGGGGACACCAGAAGGUGAGACUCUGUCGACGUCACAGAGUGAGACUGCUGGUGCUUCCACAGGCGCAUCAGAGGCCAACGAACCUGGCGCUUCUGUUACCGAUCCGCCGGUAAGCGGAAGUACGAGUGUAAAGGCAACAGAAACGACAGUUUCGGAUGAAUCCAUGGCCGAGCCAUCUGCAACUGUCACCACCACAGCCUCAGGGGACUCUGGAGAGACUACUAGUGCCUUGCCCGGCUCACCAGCCGGAGAAAUCGCCAGCUCAACUACUCAGGAGCCCUCCGCCACUGCAGAAACCUCGGAAACCCAGACCACGGCCUCUCCGGCUAGCGAGACUGGAAGUGAAACUGCUGGAGGACCAGCAGACGAGAUAUCCGGUACCAACGCCAUAACAGAUGCGCCAGACAACGCUGCCACUGCUUCUCCUACGGAGUCACCAGAUAACGGUGAAGGUCAGGCCAGCAGCACGUCCUUGGGCCAGAGUGAUGCAGAAACACCCAGCGUGACUGCAACCAGCUCUUGGGCAGAGGAGACUGAGCUUGUCGGUUCCGAUCCAUCACCCACAAGCCCCGAGGCAUCGGAAAGCGAUGAGGUGCCUGUUACUACUCCUACCAGCCCUGGCGCUGAUCAUUCCCCGACUGAGGCUGGAACCUCGGGCUCGUCUGUUGAGUCUUCAUCUGCUGAGAGUACUGCCAGUCAGUCUAGUGACUCUGCAGUGGGCGAACCUACUCCAACUAGCGAAGCUUCAAAUACCGAGUCUACGGCCACGCCGACUGAUGAGUCCCAAGCUGCAGUUCCUUCUCCUACAGAUGGUUCAACUAUCCCUGGAGAGUCUGUUUCAUCAAUUGACCAGACCACGACGGCUGCAGUGACCAACGAUGCUGCUACAAUUACCGAGCCCCCGGGCACUGCAACUACAGCCUCGCCAGCAGAUGACGACUCCCUGACCGAACCUACAGCAUCUGGUACCAGCGACUCUGCGGCAACUAAUGGUCCGUUACCUACAUCAAACAUGGCUUCGGCAACAGACGGACCUCCGGCUACUGAACAAACCGGGGCCACACAAACAAAUGAUACUCCUUCUUCCGAGAAGACCACAGUCGCUGAAGUCGAAGGGAGCAGCUCCCAGACAGCCAGUCAGACCGGCCCUGAGGGGUCUCCAACGGAUUCUUCAAACGAAAUCACCGCGUCUGCCACACUGGUUUCAUUUACCAUAAUUGAUGGCCCAUCGACUUUUGAGACUUUGACCCGCUCUGGAUCUUCACAAGCUACCGGCAGUUUGACAGACUCAUCGGCAGAGAUAGCUAUUACCACAACUGCCGAUGAAGAUGGAGGCUCUCCAGCACAGUCGCCGUCUACAGGCAUUAAUGGGUCCGGUCCAGAUCCCACAGACGCAGCGAGCGGGACCGGCCUGAGCUCUACGCCUACAGAUACAAGUGUCUCAUCAGGAACUGCCGAGGCUGGUGUCACCGCUUCGGUUCCAUCGCCCACAUCAGGGACUGGACUGUCGCCCUCGGAGGAAGAAACAGGUACUGGCUCUUUGACAAGCCCUACUGGAACCAUUGAAAAUGGCUCGCAGACCGAAGCUCCAGGCUCGGGGACAGCUGGUGCCUCGGAAACAUCACCGACGGACGAAGCUUCACCAGAGGCUACCGCGCCAACUACUGUAUCUGAUGGUUCAGUCCCAGAUGGAAGCACUACAGCGGGUGUGUCAGCAGUCACCUCAGAUAUACAGAGUACCAUGGCACUGUCAAGUGCUGAUGUUGACUCUGAUCCCGAUGCACAAUCAACUGCAGCUGAUCCAUCAAACCCUGCGACAGAAGCAUCCACCACCGCCUCGACCAGCACUGACGACCUAACGACGACAAUCUCCGGCUCGUCUACGAUCACGCCACCACCAGACCCAGAUGAUGACAACAGCCAACCUGCAGCUACAGCAACCACGACCGAAGAUGCGUCGAGUUCUCCAGGAGAAGACCCGUCUGCGACUUCAGAAUCUGAUCCAACUCCAACAGCAUCAGACGAGAACCAGGAAGCUGAAUCCACUACGACCGCAUCAACCGAUACUGAAGAGGAUGCAUCUUCUCCAACUACCCCUGCUACUGGAACAGCUGACGAAUCUCCCAUCUCGCAAACUACAGAAGCGAGCAGUGGAACUACUCUAGCGGCAACAGCUACCGAUGCAAGCAGCUCAACUGUUGGCCAGGAAACUACAACAGCAGAUUCUGCAUCGACACCGCUACCUAAUGACGGGGUUAGCGGAGAAAGCAGUGGAGGAACAACAGCAGAAGCUACAGCAGAAAGCAGCGCAUCCUCAGGCUCAGCGAUAGAAACGACGGUGGCUUCGUCCGCGACGCCAGAAGCUUCAACAACAGAUGCUACAGAGGCCGGUCUAACGGCUACCUCUGAGUCUGCUGCGGAAACCAUCCCAACUUCAGCCUCAGCUGUGGACCAAACAACUGCAGAAGGCACAGUUGAAAGCAUCACAUCUUCACAAUCAGCCACAGAAACGACAGCAGCCUCACCCGGAGCCCCAGAGCCCUCAGCAACUGUCACAGAAGAGACCGGCUCAACGGCCAACUCGGGGCCUGACACGGAGAACACUUCAACUCCAGCGUCGAGCGAAGACGCUGCGCCCACAGCAGACCCCGAUGAGGACGACAAUGCAUCGCCAACCACGGAAGCUACACUUGAAGGCAGCCCUUCCUCACCAGCGAACACAGAAGCCGGUGUUACAACAGGCGCCACUGAAGCAGGAAGCUCACCAGCGGCGGCGGAACCCACACCAGACGGCACCGCCGCUUCCCUGACAACCUCAGCCAGCGACGCAGAUACCACGGAUGCAGACCCUACAGCGGCAGUUUCUGAAACCAACACGGCAGACAACACGGAAGCAGCGGAGCAAUCGCCCACAGUUCCGGGCGCCACCUCCGCCAUCGCCAGCGCGACAUCCACCGACAGCGCACCGAGCGCCACCACAAGCCCUUGGGAGGCAAACAUGCCCCGGUUCCUGGCCACCACCAGCGGCAAGCAAUUCCAGCGCACGGGAUGCGCCGCCGGCGGCGCCCAGAUGGACAACUUCCGGCUCAUGGCCAGGGAGGCGGACAUGACGCUCGAUCGGUGCUCCGAGGUGUGCGGGGAUUGGGCUUACAGCGCUGCGCAUGAUACGGAUUGCUAUUGCUCUAUGGAGAUUCAGUGGGACGGCGAGGACACACCCUCUGGUGAGGGAUGUGAGAUACGAUGUCCCGGAAACCAAGACCAGGUUUGUGGAGGUAUAGUGGACGAUGAUGGAGCUGGAGCUGGAUCAGGUGCAGGAUCAGGGACAGGUUCUGGAAGUGGAACAGGUGGCGGCGGUGGUACAGAGACUGGUUCUGGAACUGGCGGUGGUACUGGUUCUGGCUCUGGUACUGGUUCCGGUACUGAUACUGGAACUGGUGCCGGUGGGUCGGGUACAGGAUCGGGAGCUGGCGAUGGCUCUGGUUCUGGUACCGGCAGCGGUACCGGUACUGGAGAUUCGGACACGGGAGCAGACAGUGGAACAGGCACCGAUAUCGGUACUGGUGGAUCUGGAUCUGGCACAGGAUCAGAACCAAGCACAGACACUGGAUCUGGCAGUGGAUCAGGCAGCGGAACUGGCGGAUCGGGCACGGGAUCAGGAGGCUCAGGCCCUGGAGGCGACGGAGGUACACCAACAUCACCACCUGCCAACCAAAGGUUUUCCAUAUACCAGAGGCUACUGCAAGGUCCAGUCAGCUCGGCGAUUUCUCCUCCGGCUGAUCAAACAAUAUCGGGCAUUCAGGCAACCGUCACACCUUCUCCAAGCGGCUCAUUUUCUGACCCGUUGGCUAAUACUUUUAUUACCACUACUCUUGUAACGUCUGUCAGCGACAACGGCCAGCAAACAGGAGGCGAGACCGAACCGUCGUCGCCCACGACGCCCGCAACGCCUCCUGCAGACAAUGGUGGCAACCAACAGCCUGGAAACGAUCCUAGCACUACCGCAACACCUCCUGGUAAUAACGAUGGCGGCCAGCAACCUGGAGCCAACCCCACCACUAAUCCACCGGGUUCUGAUAACAAUGGUAGUAACCAGCCUGGCAGUGGACCCAACACAACGCCAACAGGCUCUGCUCCUGGUGAGAGCGGCGGCAGCCAACAACCUGGAACUACACCUGGCACUACGACACCGUCUCCUGGCAAUGACGACGAUGACCAACAGCCCGGAGCUGACCCAAGCACUACUCCAACGGAUCCUGAUAACAAUGGUGACAGCCAGCAGCCUGGAAACGAACCAAAUACAACUCCCACGACGCCAGCCCCUGACGGCAAUGGUGGAAAUCAACAGCCUGGUACUGGGACUAGUACAACUCCGACGUCUCCUGGCAGCAAUGGGGGAAGCCAACAAACCGAGACCGGGCCUAGCACAGCUGUGCCAAACCCAGGUGAAAAUGGAGGCUCUCAGGAGCCGGGCGGUGAACCAACUAGCCCUGUCACUACCACUGCCGUUGGAGUACCUCCUACCAACGGUGGCAAUCAGCAACCUGAAAACGCUACGCCGACUACUGCCGUGUCAACUUCAGUUGGGGACGGAGACAACCAGGAACCAGGCAGCGGUGUCCCCUUUGCUACCACUACCGUUUUAGUACCGCCUGCCAACGGUGGCAACCAGCAACCCGGAAACGCCACGCCUACCACUGCUGUACCAAGCUCUGGUGGUAACGGAGGCGCACAGGAACCAGGCGGCGGACCAAAUACCCAACAACCCGGGGAUGCCACGCCUACUACAGUAUCGAACCCCGGUGGAGACGGCGGCAAUCAGGAACCAGGUGCUGGACCAACAACUCCCAUCAGCUCUCCCACUGGAAUACCGUCCGACAACGGUGGCAACCAGCAACCCGGAAAUGCCACGCCUACCACUAAUGUGUCAAUUCCCGGUGGAGAUGGAGGCGACCAGGACCCAGGUGCUGGACCAACAACUUCCAUCACCUCUACUACUGGAGCACCGCCCGUCAACGGCGGUAAUCAGCAGCCUGGCAACACUACGCCCACCACUACUUUACCAAGCCCCAGUGGUGAUGGAGGUUCUCAAGAACCGGGCGGUGAACCAAACACGCCCGCCACUACUUCCACUGGAGUGCCACCUGCCAACGGCGACAACCAACAACCUGGAAGCACCAUUCCUACCACGACUGAACCAAGCUCUGGGAAUUCAGGUAGUCAAGAACCAGAUGGCGAACCAAAUAGCCCUGCGACUACUUCCAUUGGAGUACCGCCUGCCAAUGGCGGGAUCCAGCAACCUGGAAGCGCCAAUUCUACCACAACCUCAACACAAGCUGGUGGGCAACAGCCAUCAGGGACUGGAUAUGACGAGUCAGCUUUGCCUUUGCCUGCGCUUCCUACCUCGGCUGGAAGCGGACAAUCCCCUGAUGGUGGACAAGCCAACCCCGGUUCGAAUACCUCUCCCGCAAGCCCUGGAUCGCCGGCUACUGUUCCUGGCAGCGUCACCACGAGCGGGCCAGCACCUUGGCCUGAAGAAGAUGUUGACGAGCCUAUUGUUUUUGAUCCCGAAAACUCGCUGCCGAUUGCAGUCACUUCCGUACCACCGACCCGGGAUGGCUGGCCUUCAGGCGUGGCAGGGACCGGCGACGACUACAGCCUCACCAGGUUCCUGACCUCAACUUACACUGUCAAACCAUCAACAACGUGGCCCAACAACGCCGAACCGUCCGAGGCAUGGUCCGGCAGCACUGCUGCUCAACCCUCAGAUGCCGUCACCGCCGCCCCAUCCAAUCCGAAAGGUUGGACGCAGACCGCCCCGACGACGAUGGCCACCCAAACUGUGCCGGUGGUUCGCACCGUCUACGUCAUCAUGAUCGAGUACGUGUGCGGCAACUGCGCGGGCGAGACGGUGUACGUCCCGAGCUGCAACGGCGGGCCCUGCAAGAAGGGCGAGCAGCCGACGGCCUGGAUUCCGGUGCACUGCGGCGUUGAUGGGGUCGACUGCACCGGGCUCACGACUUUCAGGCCUGAGACCUGUGGGGUUGCAGAGGAGAAGGCCGAGUACUGCCGUGAUGCGGGCUCGAAGCACCCCAUCGUGCAGCAGAAGCCGUGCGAGGGUGAGGAUUGCCGGGAUGGUGAUGUGCAGUACGUACCUGCGGAACACGACGGUGUUCAUCCUGGUGGCUCUAACGGCUCCGGAGAUCCCCAAGAUGGGACAGGAGCGGGUUGUGAGGGAGUAGAUGGUGGUAUCCCAUCUGCCGGCAAUCCCAACUCGGAGUCUGAUUCGGGAGCAGGACCCUCAGGACCUGAUGAUACUGGAGCCGGAGAAGGUGGACAAGAAGGUGAAGAUAUACCAGAUGACAGCCAGACAGGAGGCUCGCCGGAGGAUGGUUCGGACGGGUACGAUGGCUCGGAAGAGAAUGUCAGCUCAGAUGCGGAUGUCGACACGGACGCAAGUGGCAAGGAUGACGUCUACCCGUACCCCAAGACGGCGUCGGCGGAUGUCAUUGUUACGCCGCGUCGCUUUGUUGUGCUUUUGGCCAUCGCCGUGGUGAUGUUUUGCCAGGUGUUUUAA